CACCACCGUCCCAGCGACAACUAAGCCUAGUAGUGGCUCUCUGCCACUGUCAAAAUCAUUGGAAACCAACUAGACCACAGCCAAUCUGGAGUCUUUAUCUUAUCCAUGUUAUUUUCAAGUAAAAGAUGCAAAGAAACUGUGAGUCUUAUUAUCGAAAACCAUCGCCUCUAGCAAUGCCGCAUUCCCUCAUUUCUUCCGUAGGCGUCGGCGUAAAUCGUCUCUCGCCAGACGAAGAGGAAGACAACGAUAUUUGUCCCGUGUGCGAUGGCGACUGCACGUGCAACAACAGACCCCACCUCCCCCCUCCUUCAGUCGUAAGCAGUGGAGCUGCGCACUAUUUAACUACACCAACCGCUUCAACAAGCUCGUCCGGGCGCGUUCCCGGCCUACAGUCCCUAAAAAUCAAACUCACCGUUCCCCCAAGUAUGCAAAACAAACCGCGCUCCUCCGCAGCACUGCCAAAGAAACACCGCGGAGAAGCCUCCAACGGAUGUGCAGGAAGCAACAACGUGUCCCCGUUCCUCAACAUUGGCCAGUCUCAUCACGCGGACUCUUCCAGCACCGCUGGCCGUGGGAACCAGCAAAUGUCAGAUGUCUCAGUUCCAAAACGGAGAGGUCGCCCUCCCAAAGCUACGAUCAUCCAUCGCGAAUCAUCAUCUUUUUCGGGGCCAGACCGGCCAGUACGCGGCAACGAGGCGACCACAUUGUCACAGUCACAAUCUCGUCCCCAAUCACGUGUCCCCCUAUCAAGCGGAUUAAAUACUUCCUCCCUUGUCAAGGGCAACGGCAAGCAGAAGUCAAAUACAAAAGCCUCGAGGCGGGCCCCAAGCUCCCACACCAAGGCCACAAUUACGAAGAAGACAGCUUCUUCGAAGAAACGUGCUUACUUCAGCGACAACUCAGAGUGCGACUUUGAUCCGGAUGACCAGAGCAUCGAUACCGCCUUCGACGAAGACAAUGAGGACGAUGAUGCGUCAUCAGCUCAUUUCCCUACCUUUUUACCUGCAGACGACUUGGUGUCGACGGCGUCGGAAUCUUCCGAGUCGGAUUCCGAUUCUACCGGCUUCGAAUCCGAUUGGUCGCUAGAAGCCGAAGAAGAGAGUUACAUCUUGACGGAGGAAAGGCGUCACGAUAGAGCUCGAGUUCGCCGGGAACUGCUUGGGGACGAGGGUCCCAAACGCAAAGAUGCGCACAAUAACUGGGUGAUUCGCCCGCGAAAGAGGAGUGUUGGACUCAGCGAUGUAGAGAUGGAUGGUGAUACAGAUGAAGCGACGGAGGAUGAAGAAGAGAACGAGGAGGAUGAAAUGGACGAGGGAGAAGAUGAGGACGAGAUAGAUGGUCAAAGUUCUCGCCUGGCGUACACUGGCGUCGCAACGGGGUGGUCUGGGGACGAAUCUAGCUUUGACGCCGAUCUUUUCUUCGCGAACCUCUCGGAUACCAGCACCGACGGCAGUUCGUCGGACGAGGACGACGCGCCACCUGCCUCGGACGCCGGAAAUGAAGAAAUGGUCGACAGCAUCAGUAGCCUUCCGCGCAGCGUAGAUUUUGAGGUUACCGAGGGCUGGGACGGGCAGCUAGUGUUCACAAAUGGUUCCACCGAUGGGCGCGGUGUUCUCGACGUCGCUUUCGAGGCGACUGCUGCACAGUUCAUUACGUCAGACAACACAUCCGUCAGCCACGACAGUGACAUCGAGAUGCAUAGUAACAGCAGUGAGGAGGGCGAAUCCGAGCUUGGGGAGGAUGAUGGUGAUACGACCGAAGAAGAACUAGUCGAUGACAAAGGACUUCCAACCUCUCGGGCCAUGAGACUUUUCCGUUGGCCGACUAGUAUCUCAGCUAUUAAUCCCUUGUCUACCGUCAGCCCCAGUUGUUCUCCGGGGCCCAGUCACCGCCGCUCUGCCACCGCGUCCCAAAUACCGCUCGGGUCACCUAGGCCUGCUGAUAUUCUUGCCGGCAAAGUAUUCCUUGAUACGUCGGACGACCAUUCUCAGGGUAGCCCAGAAGGCAGCAGAGCGAGCAGCCCCCGCAUCAUUUCCAGUGGCGGGGUUCCCGUCAUGGGUCAGUUUACUAUAAACAACUGCACUCCACAAAGGGCUGCCGUCUUAACAGGCGUAAACAAGGACGUGCCCUCGCCCUUCCCUCGCCUCGGCCAUAAACGAACGAAGGAUAGAUCAAGCAGCGUUGGAAGCUUGAGUAGCAAGGAUCUCCGUGACCGUACUACAAGACUCUCCCUUUAUACGCCAUCACUACUACCUCCAUCAGACGAACCAUCCUCCGAGACCACGGCCGAGAUCGGUCUCGAUGAAUCUAUUCAACUCCAUGAUGUCCUGGACACCACAUUCAUUGACUCCGAGCCCGAGGUAGUUGUGCACACCACCUCUGGCAGCGACAAAGAGCACCAAAAACACGCCCAAAGCCUGAAGCGGUGGGACCAUGUCCCAGUGCACGCCUUCAGACUCACCAGAGAGUCUACUACAUCCACGAGCGAUAUUCCUACGUCGCCCGGAUGGACAUCUGAACCGGCGAAGUCUACCGUGUCGAACGCUCACCCGUUUGACAUAGCACUGAGGAGUAGUCCACUCAACAUGUUCUGGCAGGAUAAGAGUGCGGCACGGCCAACGUCUCGGAGAACCAAAGCAUUGAUCGCCGAUAUGCUUACGUCGCCCGUCCUAUCCCCUAAUCGCGAAGGCGACCGCACACCUACUCGCUCACCACACCGGGAGUCGAACUCCAAUCGUCGUCAAGAACAAAACCACAAAAACCGAAAGGAGUCGCGCAGAGAGAUGAAAUUGUUGAAACGCAAGGGUCGCGACCCCGUUCACCAGCGCCAUUAUUAUCACCAAAAACAGCAUUUCCGUCACAACCACCAUCCGAACAUGAAAACUCGGAGCAGCGGGUCGAUGCAGCGCACUAACUUCCACAGCUCUCCGACUUCCAUUCCAGCACUCAAUAUUUAAGGAACUUUCGUUUUCCUUGCUCUCUUGCUCCAGCUUUAUUGGGCAGUGCCACCCUGUUACCUUUGUUGUAUUUGUACUUGCGCAUUGCGGUUAUUUGAUUUCACUUGUCAUAUCCCCUUCAUUACUGCAUUUCUUAACACCCCUCUUGUCGAAUCUCAGGCGCAUACCAGACGUGGUUUCGCGGUCCACCUAUCUCGAGAUAUUUCAUACAAAACUCUUGUACCAAGAUGACUGACUCUCCUGGUGCUUCCAGUACUAGAAUCGUUGUAAUAGUUCAACCAGUACUUGCACAAUUGUAUAGGAAUUUUUAUCCAUGGAAUUCCGG